CACCGAUUCAUUGAGUUGUGCUCUAUCAUUUCCCACCUCGGAAUUAAUUGUUUCCUGUGAAUCACAAGUCCCAAGUCCCAAAUCCGCCAUCAUGGGCAAAAAUACCCCGGCCGCCACUCCGGCUCGAAAACCGCCGACCCUCAAGAAGGAGGCCUCGAGUACCGGUCAACGAACAAUAAACAGCUUCUUCGCGAAGUCGUCGCCUGCACCGGGAAAUGGAACUCCGACCCCGACUCCCAACAACGGUGGAUUAAAAGUCAAUGGCACAGGAAGCGCCGGCAACGCGAUGGCAAAACCAAAAGCCACUUCCGCAGUGAAGAAACCCGCAUUCAGAAAAUCCGCCGUCAAGAGUGCAACACCAGUGCCCAGCAGUGAUGCAAUGGGUCCUCCCAGUUCCCAAGAGAAUGAGAAUGGAGGGAUUCCAGAGGUGAGUUUCCGACUUUCGCUCCUCUGCGACAACUGCUAAGACAUACAGGACGAGGAGACAAACAAGAGUGCCACACAUUUCGCCAGCAGUCCGUCGAGAAAGGUACGUGAUACCAAUGAUGAUUUCUUCAAAUAACUCCUAACAUUGAUUGUGAAAUAGGCCAAAAAACCUAUCAGCUAUGCCGAAUCCGAAGACGAUGACGAGGAAGCAAUCAAUGCAACACUCAAAUCACGAAAACGAAGAGUUCCAAAGAUAGAAGUAUCCGACGCUGAAGAAAAUGAGGAUGAGUUUGUUGGAGGGCUGGAUGGAGCUUUGGAUGACGACGGUAGGAUCUCUUUCUAGCGAUCUAGGAAACCGGGACUAAUAUAUUUCAGAUGAUGAAAUGGAUGAUUUCGUUGUUGAUGAUUCCGAUGCACCAGCUAAGCCCUCGAAGAAGCGCAAACGACCGACUGCGACAACAAAAUCCCGGAAAGUUUCCAGAAUGUCCCCACCACCAGCUGCAAAAAGUGACGAGGAUGAGGACGAUGAUGGUGAAACGGAGAGCUCGGGACCAUCGACAGCUCAGCAAUGGAAAUAUGAUCCCGACAAUACACAGCCUCUUUUGCCUAGGUCCAAAGAGAAGGCUAAAACACCAAAGUCAUACCAGAAGAUCAAGGAGAAGGCACACAAGAGCGAGCCAGAGAAGCGAUAUCCAUGGUUGGCCAAUUUGCAAGACAUGGAUCGCCACCCAAUUGGUCAUCCAGAUUAUGAUCCACGAACAGUCUAUAUACCUCCCAACGCAAUGGCAAACUUUAGCGCAUUUGAGAAGCAAUAUUGGGAAAUCAAGCAAAAGUUUUUCGACACGGUCGUUUUCUUCAAGAAGGGCAAGUUUUAUGAACUUUAUGAGCAUGAUGCCACAAUUGGCCAUCAACUCUUUGAUCUCAAGCUUACCGAUCGUGUAAAUAUGCGAAUGGUCGGUGUGCCGGAGUCUUCUCUAGAUCAUUGGGCAAACCAAUUUGUUGCAAAAGGUUACAAAAUUGCCAGAGUCGAUCAAGUCGAGUCGGCUCUUGGGAAGGAGAUGCGUGAAGCCGAUACAGGCACCAAGAAAGGAAAGCCAAACAAGGCUGAUAAAAUCAUUCGGCGAGAACUUGCGUGCGUUCUGACAAGCGGUACUUUGGUCGAAGGAAGCAUGUUGCAAGAUGACAUGGCAACUUUCUGUGUUGCUAUCAAAGAGUCUCUAGUAGAUGAAUUACCGGCUUUUGGUGUGGCUUUCGUCGAUACUGCAACUGGCCAAUUCUUCAUAUCUGAAUUUGUAGACGAUGUGGAUCUUACAAAGUUUGAAACCUUUAUCGCACAGAUUCGACCUCAAGAACUCCUCUUGGAGAAGUCCGGCAUGUCAACAAAGGCUCUACGAAUUUUAAAGAACAACACAACUCCAACGACACUUUGGAACCAUCUUAAACCUUUAACAGAGUUCUGGACAGCUGAUAUGGCCCGACGUGAGCUUAACUGUAAUAGCUAUUUCAGCUCCGAUGAGGAGAGUAGCGAUGUGUGGCCUAAAGCAUUGGAAAAAGCCAAAGAUGAUGAGCUUCUCAUGUCAGCCUUUGGUGCUCUUACGUGUUACCUUCGAACCUUGAAGUUGGAACGCAGUCUUCUUAGCCAGGGCAGCAUCACCUGGUAUAACCCAAUCCAGAAAGGGACAACUCUUGUUCUAGACGGUCAGACACUCAUUAACCUUGAAAUAUUUGCCAAUUCCUUCGAUGGUGGACCGGAAGGAACUCUUUUUACCUUGCUCAAUCGAUGCGUGACUCCAUUUGGCAAGCGUCUUUUCCGACAAUGGGUAUGCCAUCCUCUUUCCGACGCGAGGAGAAUAAAUGAACGUCUCGAUGCUGUCGAAAUGCUCAAUGCUGACCGGAGUCUGAGUGACCAAUUCAUUGGAUCCAUGACUCGAAUGCCUGAUCUUGAGCGGCUGAUUUCUCGAAUCCACGCCGGAAUUUGCAAAGCGGAUGACUUUGUAAGAGUACUAGAUGGAUUCGAGCAGAUUGAAUACACCAUGGGUCUUCUUAGUGCUUUCCAGGGUACUAAGGGCAUUGUCGAUCGUUUGAUUAAUGCUAUGCCAGAUCUCGCCAAGUCACUAAAAUGGUGGAAGACAGCAUUCGACAGAGAGAAAGCCAAAGAGCACAAACUGCUUGUGCCAGAGCGGGGCGUUGAAGGGGAGUUCGAUGCAAGUCAGGAUGCCAUCGAAGAGAUCGAGGCGGAACUUGAAUCAUUCCUAAAAAGUGCCCGUAAGCAGCUCGGAGGAAACACUGCGAAGAUCAUAUUUAAGAAUAUUGGUAAAGAAGUCUAUCAACUUGAAGUGCCCACUUCGAUCAAAGUCCCCAAGGAUUGGAAUAUGAUGUCUUCUGCAAGCGGGGUCAAGAGAUAUUACAAUGCGGAGUUGAAGGGACUGAUUCGACAAUUACAAGAAGCCCAAGAAACCCAUGGUCAGAUUGUCAAACAGGUCGCCAGCAGAUUCUAUGCAAGAUUCGAUGAAGACUCUGCUAUUUGGGUUCAGGCUGUCAAGGUCAUUGCUCAGUUGGAUUGUCUCAUUAGUCUUGCUGCCGCAUCACAGGCCCUUGGUGAACCAAGUUGCAGACCUAAAUUCAUUGACGCAGAGCGAAGCGUUGUUGAGUUUGAAGAACUUCGACACCCUUGCAUGCUGCCAAACGUCACAGAUUUUAUUCCAAAUGACGUAAAGCUUGGAGGCGGUGCUCCAAAUAUCAAUCUUUUAACUGGUGCAAAUGCCGCCGGAAAAUCUACCAUGCUACGAAUGGUAUGUUCUCAUCCACAACACCCCCUUUUCUCAUACUAACAAAUUUUAGACAUGUGUCGCUGUCAUCAUGGCACAAAUAGGAUGCUACGUCCCUUGUGUAUCAGCAACCCUCACUCCUUGCGAUCGCAUCAUGUCACGUCUAGGUGCCAACGACAAUAUUUUCGCAGCUCAAAGUACUUUCUUCGUCGAACUUUCUGAGACUAAAAAGAUCCUCUCCGAAGCAACUCCCCGCUCACUGGUUAUUCUGGACGAGUUGGGUAGAGGAACAAGCUCCUACGACGGUGUAGCAGUCGCCCAGGCAGUCCUCCACCAUGUCGCAACCCACAUUGGCUGUACCGGCUUCUUCGCGACACACUAUCACUCUCUCGCCACCGAAUUUGCGGGCCAUCCAGAGAUUGCGCCCAAGAGAAUGCAAAUUCACGUCGACGAGGAGAACCGCCAGGUUACCUUUUUGUACAAAUUGGAAGACGGUGUUGCUGAAGGCAGUUUCGGUAUGCAUUGCGCGGCUAUGUGUGGGAUUCCAAGUAAGGUCAUUGAUCGUGCCGAGGUGGCGGCUAAAGAGUGGGAACACACCAGUCGGUUAAAGGAGAGUUUGGAGAAGGCGAGAAGUGGGUGUUAUAUUCCGCUUGGUGUGCAGAGUGAUAUCUCAUGGAUGCUGAAGGAUGUUGCGGAAGGAGUUGAGGAGAGGGGGUUGGAGGUUUUGAUGAAGGCUAUUGAGAGUUUGUAAGAUGAUAUUAAGGGGUGGGGUCUGUACGAAUAUCUUUUUUUCUGGGGAGUGAAAAUGGAUGGAGAGGAAUAUUUGGGGUGUAUUAGUGAUAUGGAGGCUUGGUGGUGUUUGUUUUGCUGCUGUUGUGGAGCAACUGCAGCUGGUUAAGAAGAAAGCAGAGAGCAUAUGUAGUAGCUAGCAAUGGCUAAAGAGUAUGUAC